AUGGCCGCAAGGUCGGCUCCGUCAGAGGCUGUGCCAGCGGGCGGAAGGCGAAGCGUCGGGUUUAGAGUAACCCCCGGCGCAAGCGGCCCUCGCUCAAGGAGAUGCCCAAGAUCAUCGCUUGCCCGCACUGCCCGAAGAAGUUCGUCCGCCCCAUCGACUUCAAGGUGCACAACCGCGGGCACACGGGCGAGCGGCCGUUUCGCUGCACGACGUGCCACAAACGCUUCGCGCCACACGCUGGUGCACACGGACGAGCGGCCGUUCACGCUUCAACCGCAGCUGGACGCUCAAGAUCCACUCGCGCAUCCACACGGGCGAGCGGCCGUACGCGGCGCACCAGCGCUCGCACAGCGCGGGGAAGUACUCUUGCGACGCGCGCUCCUCGGCCAGCACUGGGUGAAGGCGCACGGCCCGGGCCCGCGCGUGGCUCGUCGCCGAAAUACGAAGCGUUUGGGAAUCGUGUGUACGUUGUGCCGCUCUUCGCGCCAGACAACAGCGUUGCCGCGCUUUGCUGCCCGUGUCACGUGCGUCUCCAACGAUGUGAUAUUCGCGUGCCCCAAUUGCGACGAGACCGCCCGAUUGUUCGCAGAGGUUUCCGUGCUGGCUCACGCCCCGCAGCCGUCGCCAAUCUGA